CCGGACGCGGAUCGGAGGCUGUCAUGGACACGGUCUUCUCCUCUACGCCGGUGGGCGGGAGCCGUUCCUUCAGCCAUGUCCUCGGCUCCGCCGGCGUCUCGCCGCUGACCCCGACUCGGUUGAGCCGGCUGCAGGAGAAGGAGGAGCUGCGGCAGCUCAACGACCGCCUGGCCGCCUACAUCGAGCAGGUGCGGGUGCUGGAGGCCGACAAGGCGGCGCUGGCGCAGCGGCUGGCCGAGCAGGAGGCGGGCAGCGACCGGGAGCUGGGCAGCCUGCGGCUGUGCUACGAGGCGGAGCUGGCCGACGCGCGCCGGGCGCUGGACGACAUCGCGAUGGAGCGGGCCACGCUGCAGAUGGAGCUGGGCAAGGUUGGCGAGGAGCACCGGCAGCUGCAGAGCAGGAAUUCAAAACAAGAAGCUGAUUUAAACCUGGUGCAGGCUCAGAUGAGAGACCUUGAUGCUCAACUGCAUGCGAAAGAAGCUGACUUGGCAACGGCUUUGAAUGAGAACCGAAGUUUGGAGAAUGACCUCCGUGAAUUAAAAGAUGAAGUAGUAACUCUGACGCUGUCAUUGGAAGACACUAAAAAGCAUCUUCACAGUGAAAUGUUGAGGAGAAUGGACCUGGAAAAUCACACAAAAAAUUUCCAGGAAGAAAUGACGUUCCAGAAGCGCCUUUAUGAAGAUGAGCUCAAGGAGGCAAAAAGAACUUAUGAGAGCAGGAUAGUAGAAAUGGAAUCUGGCCAGCAAAAAGAGUUUGAGAGCAAGCUCUUGGAUUUUCUGCAGGAGCUCAGAAAAGAACAAGAACAACAAAUUGAAAGAUACAAAGAGGAGCUGGAGCGAACAUUCAGAGCAAAAAUAGAGAACGCCCAGCUAUCUGCAGCAAGAAAUAGUGACCUUGCCAGCGCUGCUCAGGAGGAGCUAGUGGAAACAAAGCUGAGACUUGAUACUCUGACAUCUCAAGUUAAUCAGUUUCACAGCCAGAACUCUGCUUUGGAGGACAGAAUAAGGGAGCUACAGAAGAUGCUGGAUUAUGAUCGUGAUCUCCAUCAAAAGCGUAUAACUGAAAAAGAAAAAGAAAUAGCCCAAGCCCAAAAGAAAGCACAAGCACAGUUGGAAGAAUAUGAGAGUCUCUUAGAUGUGAAACUUGCUCUAGACUUGGAAAUAAGUACAUACAGGACGAUGCUGGAAGGAGAGGAAGAGAGGUUAAAUCUGUCACCCAGUCCACCUUCACACAGCACCGCAACUCAAGCACCAAGUCAAGGGCGUCGGUUUCUGCGUGGGAAAAGGAAAAUGAGAGAAGCCAAAAAGAGAGGGCAUAGUGCUGGAUUUACUACUCUUCACCAUGCUUCAAGUUCUGGAAAUAUAUCUAUUGAAGAAAUCGAUGAAGAUGGGAAAUUUGUCAGACUUAAAAACAACUCUGAUGAGGAUCAACUGCUACAUGGAUGGGUGUUAAGACGACAUCUCGGAAAUGUGUCAGAUGCAAUGUACAAAUUUCCUUCACGGUUCACUCUUCAGGCAGGCCAAGUAGUUACAAUCUGGGGUGCAGCUGCUGGUGUAAGUCCAGGUCCUAGUGAUCUGGUCUGGAAAUCUCAGAAGUCAUGGGGGUCUGGGGCUAGUAUUGAUGUUACACUCAUUACAGAUGAUGGUGAGGAGCUUGCAGAAAGGAAGAUAAUGCAAGUUCCCAGAGAAGAAGAAAGUGGUGAGCAAGAUGACGAUUAUGAAGAAAUAAGUGAAAGUGAAAUGGAGUUUCCAUCUCAGACAAAAAGAAGAAGAAAAAAGAAAUGUUGUUUGGUUUCAUGAUAGUGGUUCCUGUGAGCAUCCUUAAGCAGGUGAAAUGCAACAUGAGGAUCCUAGAUGCUCUGUCAUGUAAUGUGGAGAAAGAUGGUCAUCUGGAAACAUGUCUCAGUCCCUGGGGAUAUAGACUACAUGUGUUUUGGUAUCUUCUGCAAUAUCUGGAACUUGGAGUUCCCAUUUCUCAUCUGACCUCUUUGUAAGAAGCAUUGUCUGUAAGAUGACAGUUCCUACCUUCUGAUACUGGACCCUGUCCUUGGAUUCAGUGAUAUAAAAAGCAGUAGAAUCCAAGGUCCAUGUGAAGUUCUUUUUACUAUAACACAAGGAUUCAUUUUCCAGGACCUGCUGAAACAGGAGGGUACACAGUUUACAAAGCUUAUAUGCUCUAGUAGGAUGCUAAGUGCUUGAGUAUGAGCAUGAGGCUGCCUCAGCUUUCUCAUUACUCUGAUACAGUGUUUCUCCAGAGGUAAUCUUGUUUCAAAUCUGCAUGGAGAAACUCUGGGCCAGACCAUGCCCUACCUUGCACAUCGAGCAAUUCUGAACUUUACUCAGUAAAACACUAUCCUGAAGAGUGCUGAGUGUUUGAAAUAUUUCCUGCUUGGAUCAUGGUGCUGAAAUACAUGACACUGGUCUAGAUCACUUGCUAGAGAACUUCCUAGAGCUAAACAUUUUACAAUUAAGAGCAAGUUGUAAAAAAAUAUUAUUAAAUGUACAGUUUUGGUAUUGUAGCACCUGGAAAUAUACCCAUGUCAGUAUUGUAUCUUCCUAGAUAAGGCUAACACAGCUAAGCUGUCAUACACAAACUUGGACAGAUGUAUCCUGUAAAUGUGAAAACACACCUCAUUCCAACAGAGAAAGUACUGUAACUAGCAAUAUUAUGACUCUGUUUGAAUGGUCUCAAGCCAGCUUUCCAAGGGGCUCAAAAACACAUGCUGAAACAAAUCAAAACUAGAAUGCAGCAACUGCAGUGAAAUGCAUAAAAAAUCUGCUCUUCAAGUCCUCCUCUUGUAAAGCUGGGUGCAGUCUGCAGUACUGCUUUGUGAAUGUAAUGGGGCAGGUGGGGGAAACACUGUCUGUUGGCCAGUAUGUAGUUUAAUGUAACUCAAGUAGCUCUAUAGUCCAUGUAAAGCCUGACCCAUAACCCUCUGAAACUAGGCCAUCAGCCACUGAGGCUACUGUGUUCAAUGAUUCUUAGUCUCUUCUUACUACACUGCUUACCUGCUGGCUCUCUGGUAAUGAAAAGGCCUUGAUGAGCCACAUAGUACACUUCUGUUUAAGAGCAGGAGGGGAUGAGCUGAGUGCAAAUUUCUCCAAAUGCUGGAGUAGGUUUUUGACUGUCUCUUAUGUUGCCAAAGUAUUCAGUUCUGCAUUUAAGACUAGUUCUGUGUUAGGAUGCAGUUGUUAAAGCAAAAGGCUUUCCUUACACUAGCUUAAACUCUCUGGUUGUUUAAAAAGCCUAGUUUUGAGGGAUCAAGAGUCAAUGCUAGUUUAAUACUUGCAUUUUAGCAGAUCUGAAUUCUUGUAACUUACAGCACUCAAACAGCUGCUGCUCUAAC